AUGUCCGGAGUUCCUCUUGACUCAAAACCAAUGCUGCCCCCACGGCGCGCCGCCACGGCAGAUGUCUCAGCACCGACGAUGGAGGUUGAGCGACAACGCCUAGAGAGAGCUCCACCGGUCCCGAGAAAGCCCAUUUCCCUGAGCUCACAAGGUUCUAAGCCGGCCUCGAUCUCGGGACGCCAGACAAAUGCUACAUCCCCGGGGGUGGAUCUGCUCGUUCUCAGCAAUCUUACUCCGCAGCAGGCACAAGCUCCGCCUCUGUUGAUUUGCUUGGCGACUCUGCAGAUGAACCGAUCGAGUGGAAACCCCUCGUUCCACAGUGAUCCGCCCAUACAUCAUCUCUUGUUCAGCAGACUCAUGGACUACCAAUUUAUGCUGCAGAAUACUAUAGAGACAAACUUUAAUCUUUAG